AUGUUUGCUCCAUCCCGGCCUGGCCACAAGCGCAGUAACCUGAAAGCCAUCUCCUUCCCGAGGGCAAUUCUUGAAUCUCAAGCACCAGCACUGCGAUCAAAGACAACCAAGCAAAAAAUGGCAUCAACCACAUGCGCCCCUUUGUUUCCAGACCAGAUCAUGCCUGGUAUUUACAUCUCCGAGACUGAAAUCUUGAUGAACAGCAUCCAAACAGCUCAAGCUGUUCUAAGUCCGAACUACCAGGCACCGAAUCGGCCCAGAAUCCGAUACAUCCUGUCCCUGCUCAAUGCAGAGCACCAACAGCCGAAGAUGACGCCUGGCCAGGAAUCUGACUUUGUCCUAAAGCUCAUCUUGCUUCGUGACAGCAGCACGGAGGAUCUGCUUCAAGCUCUGGGCGAAGCUUGUGAGUUCAUCAAGUCAAGCCUUGCGAAGAAGGAUGGUGGUGUCCUCAUCCACUGUCACCAAGGCGUCUCCCGCUCUGCUUCUGUUGUCACAGCUUUCGUCAUGGAAGAAAUGGAUCUGGAAUACGACACAGCCCUUCGAUAUGUAAGGGGGAGACGGCCCAAAGUCAAUCCGAACAAGGGAUUUGCUGUCCAACUGGAAAUGUGGCGUCGUCUCCGAUACACCAUCCGUGAGGAGAGUGGUGACUUCAAGAAGGAAUACACCGACUUCAGAUCUGCGAAGAAUAUUGGGGACGCAAAAGCGGAGGCAACAAAAUGGUAG